GCCGUCGCCGCCGCCGGCAUGAGCUCCACGCAGUUCAACAAGGGGCCCUCUUACGGGCUUUCGGCCGAGGUCAAGAACCGGCUUCUGUCCAAAUAUGACCCUCAAAAGGAGGAGGAACUCCGCAGCUGGAUCGAGGGACUCACAGGACUGUCUAUCGGUCCCGACUUCCAAAAGGGUCUGAAGGAUGGAAUUAUCCUGUGCACACUCAUGAAUAAGUUGCAGCCUGGCUCAGUCCCCAAGAUCAACCGCUCCAUGCAAAACUGGCACCAGCUAGAAAACCUCUCCAACUUCAUCAAGGCCAUGGUCAGCUACGGCAUGAACUCCGUGGACCUGUUCGAGGCCAAUGACCUGUUUGAGAGUGGAAACAUGACACAGGUUCAAGUGUCGCUUCUGGCUCUGGCAGGGAAGGCCAAGACAAAGGGGCUGCAGAGUGGCGUGGACAUUGGUAUCAAGUACUCGGAGAAGCAGGAGCGGAACUUUGAUGAUGCUACCAUGAAGGCAGGCCAGUGUGUCAUCGGGCUUCAGAUGGGUACCAACAAGUGUGCCAGCCAGUCAGGCAUGACGGCCUAUGGCACAAGAAGACAUCUGUACGACCCCAAAAACCAUAUCCUGCCACCCAUGGACCACUCAACCAUCAGCCUGCAAAUGGGCACCAACAAGUGUGCCAGCCAGGUGGGCAUGACGGCUCCUGGGACCCGGCGGCACAUCUAUGACACCAAGCUGGGGACUGACAAGUGUGACAAUUCCUCCAUGUCUCUGCAGAUGGGCUACACACAGGGUGCCAACCAGAGCGGCCAGGUCUUUGGCCUGGGCCGGCAGAUAUACGACCCCAAGUACUGCCCACAAGGCUCAGUGGCUGAUGGGGCUCCAGAUUCAGCUGGUGACUGCCCAAGCCCAGGGAAGGCCCCAGAGUACCCCCCCUACUACCAAGAGGAGGCAGGCUACUAAAGCCCCCUCCUUGCAGGGUGUCCCCAUAUCAUUGCCCCAUCUGAGAUUUCAGGUUUUUCUGUGUUUUCAUCUUGUUUUUCUGUGUGUUCAAGUGCUUCCAGUUGAGGGUCUGUGAAGGCCAGAUCCAGAUGUGGGGCCAGGGCACAUCCAGGUAGCAAAUUUCCCAGCAGGCUUUGGGCCAAGCUGUCAGGGGGAAGAAGAAACCUGUGCAGGGAGGGAAACUAGCCCCAAAUGGCUUCCGGUUGCUUCUGCCCAUCUUCCCUUUUCUUUGUUGAUCAGUUUGUGGUUUCUGUACCCACAGAAGUUUCAGGCAGUUUUAACGAGUGAUUUUUUUUUUUUUUUCCCGGGAAAUGGGGUGGGGAUGGUGGAGGGGGGUGAUGGGAAAGAAGUUUCCUGGGAGAGAGCCAGGCCACAGUCACCAGAUAUUUUAGGCAUCAUGAGAGACUGCAUUUCCCCAGGACCCUCACAGGGGCCCAGUGAGGAAACACGCCCAGGCAGGACAAUAGAGUUCUGAGUGGUUGAGGCAAAGUCAGAUCCCCUCCCCUUCUAUACUUGUUCCCUUUUCCCCACCAAGUACUGCACAGGGAUUCCCCCCAGGAGGCCCUCCCUGGGACCAGUCCCACCCAGGAGCCCUGGGACCAAGAGAUAAUGUGAAAUACCAACUAUGGACCAAAGGCAAUAAAAACCUCUCUUUAAAAGGAAA